AAUGAAAAAAAACCUCCUUUAACAGAAUUAUUUAAACUUUUUUUUUUAAAUCACCGAUGUCUGUCGAACGGGCUUGAUGCACCCGAACUAAAAUUGCUUGAAAACCUCGUUCUUUUUUUAUUUUUAGUUGUUUCUUUUUUUUCAUUCACGCAAUAACAAAAAAGUUCAUCAUGUCGUUUCAGGCAACAGCAUUUGCGUUCCUGUUCCCAGGAAGUGCAAUGACAAAUUCUAUUUUGGCGACAGCGUAUAUCUCCAUCUUUCCUAACUUACUUCUUUACUUUGUUCCUCCUGAUAUUAACACGGGUUCCUUGAACGUGCUUGUCAGUUUUGCAGUUGGUGGACUUCUCGGUGACGUCUUCCUUCACUUGCUUCCUCAUGCGUUCUUGGGCGAACACGCGGAAGAAAAUGCAGUGGUGGUUGUGAAUAACCAAAAGAAUGUCUUGAUUGGUCUUGGUAUCUUUGUAGGACUCUUCUUUUUCUUUUUCAUGGACAAAAUGAUGCGUGUCGUAAACGGUGGCGAUGGUGCUCACAGUCAUGAUCAUAAGAAACACGAUGACCCUGUUGCAGAUAAAAAGGGCAAAUCCGAAAAUGGAGUUAAACUGAGUGCUUAUUUAAAUCUUUUAGCAGAUUUCACUCACAACAUGACAGAUGGUCUUGCUAUGGCUGCUUCCUUUUAUGCUUCCCCCGCUGUAGGUGCUACCACUGCCGUUGCUGUUUUCUUCCACGAGAUCCCUCAUGAAGUAGGUGAUUAUGCGAUUCUUAUCCAAUCCGGAUUCAGUAAGCAAAAGGCCAUGAUGGCUCAAUUCACGACUGCCAUUGGCGCGUUCUUGGGUACAUUUAUUGGUAUUUUGAUUGAGGAAUCUUCGUUGUCGAACAAGGCAGCGGAUGAGAAGGCUGGUGUAGUGGAUACGGUAGGAUUAAUGGGUACAGAUCUCCGCUGGGGAGAUCUUGUGAUUCCUUUUGCUGCUGGUGGGUUCAUGUAUAUUGCUACUGUGGGUGUGAUUCCCGAAUUGUUAGUAGUGACAGGAAACCAAAAGAAGGAUAGAAAACAAGCUUUUACAGAAUUCUUUGCCAUGUUUGUUGGUUUGGGUUUAAUGCUCUUUAUUGCAUGGAAUGAUAUUCCUGCUUAGAAAAAAAAAAUUAUUAUAAAGUUCUCUUUUUACUCGUCUUCGCUACUCGAACUAGAUAAUC